CGAUUCGCGUACGGUGUGCUCUCGUGGUUUUAAACACGGUAUUGACUUGUAAUAUAUUAUAAUUUUGUUAAUACACGAAUUGUGUACCGUCAAUAUGAUAAGCUCGACCGGUGCCAAUGUCACGUCGAUGGGAGGUAACGCGCACCAGCAGCAAGAGCUUCCAAAGCCUUCGUCUCCGAUGGAGAAGAUCGUGUACAGCUAUAGGUCGCAUCGUCGGUCGGAAAUGCACGACGACGACGACGACGGUUCGUCCGAGCUGUCGGACGCAGGUCAUUUCCUGGCCAAAGGAGCAUUUCUGAUAACGCCAAGCAACGAACUUAACCUGGAGAAAGCAACGGCCAUCUGCGAGAAGAUGAACUACCGCGGACCGUACUCUGUGACAAAAACCGCCACGGGCAUACUGUUCAAGUUCGCCGACCAGGACGACUAUCGGGCGACUUUCCGCAAGGGUUUCCACAAAGUGACCAACUUUAGAUUCUACAAGAAGAUUCCUAUUCCAUGUCGACCGCAAAAAACCUUUUCAGUACUAGUUUAUGAAGUUCCCGAAGACAUACCCGAUGAAGAUAUACGUCAUUCACUUUACAAAUUUCAAACCGUCGUCGAAGUAACAAGACUAUACAAUACAGGCUUCCGGCAGUCGGACAAAAGCGGAUCGACGGCGGCGGCAGCAACCAUGUCUCAGCCAGCUGUUGAUCAACCGGUGACGCAACACCCUGGAAUACAGCCUGUAGUGCGCAUCACUUUGGCUUCUUUAGAAGAAUAUAACCUACUCUUGCACAACGGUUUGGACUUUUACGGUGCCACGUUCUUUCCCGUCGAAGCAGCCUUGCCCAGUACCAUAAAAAAAAAACCGAUAGCGAUGGCUAACAGCCGUUUAAUGGAUUUAGUAGCGUCUAGUGGCCAUCGCAUACGCGAUCUGCUACCCGUUUUUGACUCUGCUGGAUUUUCGAAAAUUCCACCGCCCACUAGCAAAGUCGUCAAGCCGCAUCAGUGAACUUUAUGUGACUAUCGUUGAACUUGCACGUAUCAGAUUUAUGUCCACGGCAUCGUUUAAUACAAAAUGAAUAAAGCUUACACUAAAAAAAACAUAUUAUAUUGUUCGUCGGCAAAAUGGGUAAUACAUUUAAUUAUAACCUUACAAUUAUUAUUUAAAAAAAUUUAAUUAUUCAAACGGUAUGUCGCGCAAGUGUGGCAAAACCAAUCGACGGUGACAUCACUUGAAAAAUAUAAUUUUUUGUUAGUGCUUAGAAAAUUA